AAAGUUCUCAAUUUACGGUAAACAAGAGAGGCGUGCGGCGACCCGGAAGUGAAAGCUAGAACCCGGUCAGAGCAGGUCCGAGCGCCGGCAGGGAAGAAAGGGGUCCGGGGAAAGUUGUAGCCAUGGCAGUGGCUGUGGCCGUGGCGGGGCCCGUAAUCGGUUCGGAGCCAGGCCCCGCGGAAGAACUUGCGAAACUCGAAUAUCUGUCUUUGGUGUCGAAGGUUUGCACUGAGCUGGACAAUCACUUGGGGAUCAACGACAAGGAUUUAGCUGAAUUUGUGAUCAGUCUUGCCGAGAAAAAUACCACCUUUGAUACUUUUAAGGCUUCUCUGGUCAAAAAUGGUGCAGAAUUCACGGAUUCUCUUAUUAGUAACUUGCUGCGUCUCAUACAAACCAUGCGGCCUCCAGCAAAACCUUCUACCAGCAAAGAUCCAGUUGUUAAACCGAAAACUGAAAAGGAAAAGCUGAAGGAACUCUUCCCAGUCCUUUGCCAACCAGACAACCCUUCUGUCCGGACCAUGCUGGAUGAGGAUGAUGUGAAAGUUGCUGUGGACGUCCUGAAAGAAUUGGAAGCUUUGAUGCCCAGUGCAGCAGGCCAGGAAAAGCAAAGAGAUGCUGAGCACAGGGACAGGACGAAGAAGAAGAAGCAGCGGAGUCGAAGCCGAGAUCGAGACAGAGACAGAGAUCGAGAUCGAGAUAAAGAACGAAACCGAGAUAGAGACCACAAGCGGAGACACCGAUCCCGCUCUCGGUCACAUUCCAGGACCCGGGAGAGGAAUAAAGGGAAGUCUAGAUAUCGGUCCAGGAGCAGAAGUCAGAGUCCCUUUAAAGAACGGAAGGACCGGGAUAAAUAUGGGGAGAGGAAUCUGGACAGAUGGCGGGAUAAACAUGUGGACCGUCCUCCCCCUGAAGAGCCUGCCAUUGGGGACAUUUACAAUGGCAAAGUUACCAGCAUCAUGCAGUUUGGAUGCUUUGUGCAGCUGGAAGGACUAAGGAAGCGAUGGGAAGGCCUCGUGCACAUCUCUGAGCUCCGGCGGGAGGGCCGAGUGGCCAAUGUGGCUGAUGUGGUGAGCAAAGGCCAGAGGGUCAAAGUCAAAGUGCUGUCCUUCACCGGGACCAAGACUAGCCUGAGCAUGAAGGACGUGGACCAAGAGACUGGAGAAGAUUUAAACCCAAAUCGACGGCGAAAUCUUGUUGGGGAGACCAAUGAGGAGACCUCAAUGCGGAAUCCGGACAGACCCACUCACCUCUCCCUUGUCAGUGCCCCUGAAGUAGAAGAUGACUCACUGGAGCGCAAGCGCCUCACCCGCAUCUCUGAUCCAGAAAAGUGGGAGAUCAAACAGAUGAUUGCUGCCAAUGUCCUUUCCAAAGAAGAAUUUCCAGACUUUGAUGAAGAGACUGGCAUUCUGCCUAAGGUGGAUGAUGAAGAAGAUGAGGACCUGGAGAUCGAACUGGUUGAGGAAGAGCCUCCAUUCCUGAGAGGGCACACCAAGCAAAGCAUGGACAUGAGCCCCAUUAAAAUUGUUAAGAACCCAGAUGGCUCCCUCUCCCAAGCAGCGAUGAUGCAGAGUGCCUUAGCUAAAGAAAGGCGGGAACUCAAACAGGCACAGCGGGAAGCCGAGAUGGAUUCUAUUCCCAUGGGACUCAACAAACACUGGGUUGAUCCUCUGCCUGAUGCGGAAGGCAGGCAGAUUGCUGCCAACAUGAGGGGUAUUGGGAUGAUGCCUAACGACAUUCCCGAGUGGAAGAAGCAUGCCUUUGGGGGCAACAAAGCUUCUUAUGGAAAAAAGACCCAGAUGUCAAUCCUUGAGCAGAGGGAGAGCCUGCCCAUCUACAAACUGAAGGAACAGCUGGUCCAGGCUGUCCAUGACAACCAGAUCCUGAUUGUUAUCGGAGAGACAGGAUCUGGGAAGACAACGCAGAUCACCCAGUACCUGGCAGAGGCCGGCUACACUUCCAGGGGCAAGAUUGGGUGUACCCAGCCCAGAAGAGUGGCAGCCAUGUCGGUGGCCAAAAGAGUAUCAGAAGAGUUUGGUUGUUGCUUAGGCCAAGAGGUGGGCUAUACCAUUCGAUUUGAGGACUGCACCAGCCCCGAAACAGUCAUCAAGUACAUGACAGAUGGGAUGUUGCUCAGAGAGUGCCUGAUUGACCCUGACCUCACUCAGUAUGCCAUCAUCAUGUUGGACGAGGCACAUGAGAGGACAAUCCACACUGACGUGCUCUUUGGAUUGUUGAAAAAGACAGUUCAGAAACGGCAGGACAUGAAGCUGAUUGUCACCUCAGCCACCUUGGAUGCAGUGAAGUUUUCUCAGUACUUCUAUGAAGCUCCUAUCUUCACCAUCCCAGGUCGAACAUAUCCAGUGGAAAUACUGUACACAAAGGAGCCCGAGACAGAUUAUCUGGAUGCCAGCCUGAUCACUGUCAUGCAGAUCCAUUUAACGGAGCCACCAGGUGACAUCCUGGUCUUCCUGACUGGUCAGGAGGAGAUCGAUACUGCUUGCGAGAUCCUGUAUGAAAGAAUGAAAUCCCUGGGACCUGACGUUCCAGAGUUAAUUAUCCUCCCAGUAUACUCUGCCCUUCCCAGCGAGAUGCAGACCCGAAUCUUUGAUCCUGCUCCACCAGGCAGCAGAAAGGUUGUGAUUGCCACCAACAUCGCAGAGACAUCGCUGACUAUAGAUGGCAUCUACUAUGUGGUGGACCCUGGAUUUGUGAAGCAGAAAGUUUAUAAUUCGAAGACAGGGAUUGACCAGCUUGUGGUGACGCCUAUUUCUCAGGCUCAGGCAAAGCAACGAGCUGGCAGAGCUGGGAGAACAGGCCCAGGGAAGUGUUACAGGCUGUACACGGAACGUGCCUACCGAGAUGAAAUGCUGACCACCAACGUGCCAGAAAUCCAGAGAACCAACUUAGCCAGCACAGUGCUGUCGCUCAAGGCCAUGGGCAUCAAUGACCUGCUGUCCUUUGAUUUCAUGGAUGCCCCACCAAUGGAAACUUUGAUCACAGCCAUGGAGCAGCUGUACACACUGGGGGCCCUGGACGACGAGGGCCUACUCACUCGCCUGGGCCGCAGGAUGGCAGAGUUUCCUCUGGAGCCAAUGCUGUGCAAAAUGCUCAUCAUGUCUGUGCAUCUGGGCUGCAGUGAAGAAAUGCUGACCAUUGUAUCCAUGCUGUCUGUGCAGAACGUCUUCUACAGGCCCAAGGAUAAACAAGCCCUUGCAGAUCAGAAGAAGGCAAAGUUUCACCAGACCGAGGGGGACCACCUCACCCUACUGGCUGUGUACAACUCGUGGAAGAACAACAAGUUCUCCAACCCAUGGUGCUAUGAGAACUUCAUCCAAGCUCGUUCCCUGCGCCGGGCCCAGGACAUUCGCAAGCAGAUGUUAGGCAUAAUGGACAGACACAAGCUGGAUGUCGUUUCUUGUGGCAAGUCCACAGUCCGAGUGCAGAAGGCCAUCUGCAGUGGGUUCUUCCGUAAUGCUGCCAAGAAAGAUCCUCAGGAGGGUUACCGGACACUGAUCGACCAGCAGGUGGUCUACAUCCAUCCUUCCAGUGCUCUCUUCAACAGACAGCCGGAAUGGGUGGUGUACCAUGAGCUGGUGCUGACCACGAAGGAAUACAUGCGUGAGGUCACCACCAUUGACCCUCGGUGGCUUGUGGAGUUUGCUCCAGCCUUCUUCAAGGUCUCCGACCCAACCAAGCUAAGCAAACAGAAGAAGCAGCAGCGGCUUGAACCCUUGUACAACCGAUACGAGGAGCCCAACGCCUGGAGAAUAUCCCGGGCCUUCCGGCGGCGCUGAAAGGCAAGCUCGUCCGUCUGCUUCCUCGCAGCAGCAGCCUAGGCUUGGACUUGCUCUCACUGAUGAAGGCUCUUCACCUGUCCUGUGACUGAACAUCUCAACUGGGUGUUUUCUAAACUCGACUCAUUUCUUCCCUGAUUGUAAAAUUGACCUGGGGAUUUAAGCCUGGCUUUGGCCAGAGCCUCCGGCCCCCACCACCCCAAGUCUUGGGACCAGCUGGGAGCUCAUAGCCAACAUGGAGACACGAUGCAUCAUCCUUAAGAAAGGGACAACUUUUGCAGCCCUGGGAUGGGAAGGGCAGUAUGAGCACCUGGCACAGGGACAUAGUGAGGGCCCUGGUGCCCCCGAAGGAGGGAGCUGCUGUGCUCAUCUUGAGUGCUGGCCCCACUUCCCGCCCCCUCUCCAACCCCUAUACUUCAGCUUAACUCCCUGGGAAUAUUUAUUUUCUUAAGGAAACAAAAAGGAUGGUUUUCCAUGACUGUUUCUUUUAGCUGAAAGGUUGGGAUGUUGGCCUGGGCUCAGUCAGGGUGAGGGAGAUUUAGUAUUUGUGGCUCUGGUGCAUGUGAUGGAGAAUCCUCUGAAUGCCCUGAAACCAGAGCCCAGGGCCUCUUUAGGCUCGGACAUGACGCACCGCCCGGACCUCCAGCCUCGUCUUACAGCAUCUGAGCUAGCCCAGCGCCCAGGAGGCUCCCCCGUGACCGACCACAUCCACGCCACAGAGUGCUUCAGUCUGGGUGCCUGAGUGGUUACAGAUGCCACGUAUUGAAUACAGAAGGCUCGCCCCUCACUGCCUCCUACCACCGGUACCAUGUGCAGUGUGCCCCACUUCCUUUUGAUACAUGCUAAGUAAUGAUAUCACUUUUAUUUCAUUUUUAUCUCCCACCCCCAGGUCCUCAAUGGACUUUAACAAAGGGAUUUUAUGGUCAAGGCCUCCCUUCCCCCACCCCAAGCAGAAAGAUGAACAUAAUACCCCUAGAGCCAGCUUGUGCUACCCAGUGUCUGUGCUCUGGGGCUUGUUCUUAGUGGCUUCUCCCUAGCACUUCACGGGGAAUUGCCACCUCCUGGUGGCCCCCUCACAGCUCCUGAGGAGGCUCUUUACCUGGAGAAACAUCAGGCAGGUCCUGUAGGCCAGGUUGUGGAACUUCUGGAAAGCUGGUCUGGAUGUGGAUCCCGUAGGGAAGCCCCUGGGAGGUGGGCACAUCCUGCUACCACGUUGUCCCCACCGCCUCCUCCCACCCCCACGUUGGUAAGUUUUGAGAUUAAGUAAAUACUGAAAGUGCUGUGGAACUGUAUGCCAGACACUAAAAGACUAUUUGACAUUUUUAGAUAUAAAGGAAUGUGUUUUGUCACUGGGCAGCAAAUAAACCACCAUAAAGACAAAACUCAGAAAGAAUCCAAGGGGGAGGGAUAUAGGCCAGGGAGUGUGCUGACUGCAGUUCCUGUCCCUUUAGUAAGGGAGUGAGCACCUCCAGUUCCAUUGGAGUGUGGCCUUAGUGAGCCCAGGCCCGUAGUCAAGGGCCAGGACAUUGUUGUGUUAACCCUGAAUGCCUUGUGGGGAGACACAGUGGGAGAACCGAUAGGUGAAACCAAAAGGCAAGCAGAGGCUGGGCACCCAGCUCCCCAGUCUUAAUUCCAGCCUCGAUCUUCCCUAUUCAGAACUCCUGGGCAUGGCGGCCCAGCCCGUCCCAACUGUGUGCCUGGCACAGACAGUGUUGGCACCCGAGGAGGGAGGUUUGGGUUUUAAGCUGAGGUUGAAAAGGGUGUUUGACAGGCCAAGUGUCGGGGAUGGCGGGGCUGGUUAUCUCUCUGGCUUCAGUGAGAAAAACAAGGAUCCCAACUCUGUGGGUGUUCCUUGACCAUCUCUACCCUGGAGCUGGGGUCACUUCUCUGCUGUGACAACACAGCUGGGGUCCGACCUUUUGACUGCGCCUGCUCUGAGGGAGAAGGGAGCUCCUCUCCAGAUUUGGAAGGGGAGCUCGCCUGCUGCUCUCGCACAACGGGGCCCUUCUUUCUCUUCCUUGAACCAAUAUUUCCCGAGAUUGAGUGACAUCCCAGGAGAGGAUGUGGGUCUCGUGCAGAGAGCUAGAAUCUUCUUGGCCGUCAAAGUAUACUGUUCACCCUGACCCAGCGGGAGUUGAGCUCAGGCAUUGCCUGUACGUGCACAUGUGCUGAGUCUGUGUUUGUGUAUGUGGGGAACUGUCCCCCUGGGGCCCUGGUAAGCUCCACUGCUGAGUCAGGCUGCUUGGGCCAGGUUUGCUUCAUUCAGUCUAGAGCAUGCUUUGGUUUUGGCUGUCCCUCCUGCAGCCCAAAGAAUUUCCUCCCGGUGGUUACUGUAGCUGUCUCAUUGGAUCAGUGCCCCUCCAAGCUUGAGGAUUUGAACAAAGAGCUGUGAGGAGUGGCUUGUUAAUGAACAGUUCAGAGGGCAGAGGUCAAACAUCUCUGCCUGGGGAGAGCUUUCCCCAACCGCUUCUCAUCCAACUCCGUUUUUUUUCCAAGUGUGCAGUCUUGGCCCUCAGAGUUUUAUACCUUCUUCCCACCAUGAUAGCCUGGCUUUAAUGUGGAAUUAAAUGAUACAUUUUUUAAAA